GCAAUCGAGUCCUCUUCGCAUCACAUUUCUACUGAAGUCAAUAUUGAUGGAGAUCCCAAAGUUGCAAAGUCAACCACUACAUUCAAUAAUAAGCAGCCAGCAAUGCCAUUGCUAGUGUUAAUUGGAUUAAUAAUCGGUACAACU